AUGGAGAAAGGACUUAGGCAGGGAGACGUAGUGUCUCCCUUUCUACUUGCAUUGAUAGCAGAAGGUUUGGCAAAGUUGAUGUCUAAAGAUGUGGAAUUAGGUGUCUUCAAGGGGUUCAAGGUGCAUGUUGAUGUGGAGUUCCAACUCCUGCAAUUUGCAGAUAACACAAUUCUGAUAGGGGAAGGGUCAUGGAGCAAUUUAAGGAGCAUCAAGGCAUUUCUUCAUGGAUUUGAACUAAUGACGAGUUUGAGUAUCAACCUUUGUAAAAGCAACUUGGUUGGUAACUUUCUUGAAGCCGCCUCCACUUAUCUAUGCUGCAAAAGAGGUACGAUUUCUUUUAACUUUCUUGGUAUCCCAAUUCGGUCUAAUCAUAGACAUCAAUACAUUUGGAAACUUGUGGUGGAUAAUUUCAAGAAGAUAUUGUCGUUAUGGAGGGACAAGUUCUUAUUGAUUGGUGGUUGA